AUGGAUCGAAUAAUGGGGCAGCGACUGGUCGCCUGGAUGUGCCUCCUCGGCGGCAGCCUAACCAUGGGCGCCGACACCGACUUUGAAACGGGCAUCAACGAGUUUACCUCCAUCUUCCCGCGCAACGAGACGUAUGCGCCUUCGUAUCUCUCCCCAUUCGUCUUUGCUUUCCAGAACCCAGCUGCCACUCGGUCAGUGAACUUCAGCAUCCGCAUCAAUUUGAUGAAGUGGAAUGAGAGCGCCAGCGACUGGGAUGUGAUCGGUGCAACCGCCGUCGACACGGAAAAGCUGGCCAACGCGUCGGACAGCAAGCCGUUCUUUGCUCACCAUGUCUACGGCGAUACAUUCAACACAGAGGCCUAUUGGACAUUCUCAUGGAAUGUGUACUGGCCCUACUGCAUUCAAGAGGAGUAUCUUCCUCUCUUAUUCUCGGGGAAAUUCUAUAUGGAAUCGCGUGGCCACGUGUGGAACCUCACAGAAGUUGUCAGCGGAUACGAUGUCGAUCUUUCUGCCUGCGCCUUCUUUUCGAACAUGACACCCACUCCACGUCUAUGCGAAGCACAGGUUGAUUCCGAGCUCGUAGAGAGUAUCUAUGCCUCGGCUACAGCCAGGGUCUGCCGUUGGGAUGAUUCGAUGAUCAAGUGCCCUGCCGACGAGAGUGAUGACGAAGAUACGGGGCUCCUCGCCCUAGCAGCCAUCUGCCUCAAGGCUUCGACCGCCCUGGCCGUGCCGACACUCCUUGCUCGCAACGCUCACCGUGACAGUGUAAGCCUGCUAGGAGAAAUGUUUGCCGGGGAGGAAAGCGCAGGAGGGAAGCCACUGGGGAACGUGGAGGUUGUCGAGCGCGGUGAUACUGUUGAGGUUGUCGAACCACCUGCUGCCGGCGGUGAUGAGGAUGUCGUUGAGGCUGGCGAGGCUAGCGAGAAUGAAGAAGGGGCGUUCGAAUACAAAGUCGAGAUCGAGGCACUUUUCGGAGACUCUGUAGCACUCGAGAGUGGCGACCUCAAGCAGGGUGACGCCUACCCACCCGCGCCGCUCGGGUUGGAGCACUUUGAGAACGUGAUAUGGACUGUCGAGCUUGCUGAUGGCACUGAGGGCUCCACACUUCAGAAGAUUAACUACAUGCUGAACGCUGAAGUACUCUCGAUAUCAGCCAGGGCCAAAUUGGCCGCUGAAGCCAACACCUUCGUCAUCGACCCUGCCAUUGGCGAGCUGGAGUUCGAGGUGGAGGAGAACGAGUUGGCUCCGAAUGAACGGUGA